UAGUACGCGCCCCAGUGAAACUCUCUACCCGGCGUGCUCUCCGAGACGGCUUCUUCUUAACCGCGCUUCAGGUUCCUCCUAACAGCUGGGCGCCAGGCCAGAGGCAGCGUUCGACAAUGUCGAUGCUAGCGGAGCGUCGGCGGAAGCAGAAGUGGGCUGUGGAUCCCAGAAAUACUGCAUGGAGUAAUGAUGAUUCCAAGUUUGGACAGAAGAUGCUUGAGAAGAUGGGGUGGUCAAAAGGAAAGGGCUUGGGGGCUCAGGAGCAAGGAGCCACAGAACAUAUUAAAGUUAAAGUUAAAAAUAACAACCUGGGACUUGGAGCUACAAACAAUAAUGAAGACAACUGGAUUGCUCAUCAGGAUGACUUCAACCAGCUUUUGGCAGCACUCAACACUUGCCAUGGUCAGGAAACAGCAGAUUCCUCAGACAACAAGGAAAAGAAAUCUUUUAGCCUUGAAGAAAAAUCCAAAAUCUCCAAAAACCGGGUUCAUUAUAUGAAAUUCACAAAAGGGAAGGAUCUGUCCUCUCGGAGUGAAACUGACCUGGACUGCAUUUUUGGAAAAAGGAGGACCAAGAAGCUUGCUCAGGAUGGCUGCAGCAACUCCUCUGUAGAUGAGGCGGACACCUCCCUGACCACGACCACAACCACAACUAGUGCCUUCACCAUCCAGGAAUAUUUUGCCAAGAGGAUGGCCCAGUUAAAGAGCAAGCCACAGGCCUCAGCUCCAGGGUCUGACCUUUCAGAGACCCCCGUUGAAUGGAAAAAGGGAAAGAAAAAAACCAAAGAGGCAGCAGGCACAGAUACAGAGAACUCUCCCCAACACAAGGCCAAGAGGCAUAAAAAGAAAAGGCGUAUGGAAGCAGAGAGGGGCCCUGUGGCCAAGAAGAGAGACCAAGCUGAGCUGCAGCCUGGAGGCCCCAGUGGGGGCGAGUGUUCCGAUGCCUCUGUUGAGGAUGCAGAAGGUUGUGUACAGACAUCAGACAGCUUGGACGAUGUCCCAAAGCCCAAGAAGAGGAAAACAAAGAAAAAACUGCAAAAGCCAGGAGGAGUGGCAAUAGACACCACACUAGACAGAGCACUGGUGAAAAAGAAGAAGAAAGUUUCCAGAUAACUUGUGGCCUCCAACCACUCACCAUUAGCACACUGCAGGGCAAAAUACUCUGGCCUGAGGUCAGAGCACAGGGCAGCCCAGGCAGCUCAGCAUCUUUUAACAUGCCCACAGGUUGCUGCUUUACUCACCACAUUUCCCCCAAGUCACCUUCCUAGAAUGUUCCAGAUCAUGGCUUUCAGUAAAUAAAAUAACUUUUAAUAAACAAAUAGA